CCUACAUUAAUAUUCAUGAGCGUUGUAUAAACACAUCGUUAAUAUUCAUAUCAGGCGACCGCUUCUUCCUCUCAUGCAACGGGCUGCGCUUCUCAGACAUUGGCCGCGGCCCAGUGCCUGGUCGCGGGGAGACGGGAGCAGGUAAGAUGAACAACAGAUGGCCUGGAAAACAACAGACACCAUAACUUGGUACCAGAAAAAGAUUGGAGCAUAUGAUCAACAAAUCUGGGAAAAGUCGAUUGAGCAGACGGAGAUUAAGGUCUGGCAGCACAUGGAAAUUCACAACCAGGAAGCUCGUGACGAAUUUUCGAGGGAAUCCUGUUUGCAUAUAUAUUCAAAUCGUGGUCUGCGGAGUAAACCUAAAAAGACUGGCCGAAUAAAGUCUGACCUGAUUGAUGUCGACCUUGUAAGAGGAUCAACUUUUGUCAAAGCUAAACCUGAAAGUCCAUGGACCGCUUUAACACGGAAGGGCAUAGUACGGGUGUUGUUCUUUCCAUUUUUCUGUCAGUGGUGGAUCCAGGUAACUUCACUGGGCAUCUUUGCAUGGCUUCUGCUUCUCUACUUUUUGGAAGUGAUUGCAGUCGGCCUUUAUUUGCUGGUUCCAGUGUUGUACGUCAGUGAAAUCAUCAGCCCCAUGGUUCUGAUGCUGAUUCUGGGGACAGUCCACUGCCAGAUAGUCUCAACCCAGAGGCAAACUCCGUCACCCACCAAUGGAGGGAAGCGCAGGAGAACUACGCAAACAAGAAACCUAUCUAGAAAGGUUGGACGCUGCUCUACGAUCCCUAUGCCCAACAAUGGGAAAGAUGCACAGCACCGAACUACAAAUCGAGGUUCAGAGGAAAAUUCCAGUGAGGAAACGGAGAGCCAAGCACGACACUUGCUAACCCAGCAAAGGGUGAAGGGGACUUUGAGCAUGUUACGAUUCCGAAGAAGUGCACAGGUCAAAACAACUGGGGUCUCAGAGGGCAGAGACAGAAUCCCGAGGUGGGAGAUUCCAAAGCGAGACUCUGACAGCUUGCAGGACUCCGAGUUUGAAUCUACAGCCCCAAAUCAGGAUAAUUCCUACAUGAGCUUCAGCUCCCUAAGCUGCAGUAAUUCCCGGCAGGACUCAGAGAGUAGUCGGCAUGGGUCAGAGACUGAGGAUAUGCUCUGGGAUGAUCUCCUAAAUGGGCCUCGAUGCCAUUCCUCUUACAGUAGUGAGAGUGAGUGUGAGAGUGUGCAGAGAGUGUCUCUGCAGAAGAAAGAGUCCAAGGAUGAACAGAACCACUUGCACUGGUUGCACAGCAGCAGCCAGAGCUCGGAGAGGGUCAGUGCCGUUAUCUGGGAAGGAAAUGAAUGCAAAAAGUUUGAUAUGUCCGUCCUGGAGAUUAGUGGAAUGAUCAUGAAGCGGGCAAAUACUUUUGAGCAGCAUAAUGGUUACCGGAUCCUGGGAUACGUGGUGACGUCUGUCCUCACGGUGCUACCCUAUGCAUUUCGCCUUUUCCAACAGAAAAACCUGGACCAGUUAGCCUCAUCCUCCAUCCCUGAGUUACUGACAAUCACUUGUGGUGGGAAGCCUGAUGGGCCUCUCAUCGUCUUAGUACUGAUAAACAUUUUGGAGCGGUUCUGUCUGAUGUGGAUGUUUUUCUUCAUUCUUUGUGUGGCAGAGAGAACAUAUAAGCAGCGCUUGCUGUUUGCCAAGCUCUUCAGUCACCUGACAUCAGCUCGGAAGGCUCGCAAGUCUGAGAUCCCUCAUUUUAGGCUGAAAAAAGUGCAGAAUAUUAAGAUGUGGUUGUCACUUCGCUCAUACCUAAAGAGGCGGGGCCCUCAACGGUCAGUUGAUGUAAUUGUUUCAUCAGCAUUCCUGCUUACUUUGUCCAUUGCUUUUGUCUGCUGUGCACAGAUCCUUCAUGGUCACAGCAGCUUCUUGGAUUCCUUGUAUAACUGGGAGCUCCUCAUCUGGGAGGCAUCACUGGCUGUUUUCCUGCUGAGGCUAGUUACCUUGGGGUCAGAAGUCAGUAGAAAAUACAAUAACAUUUCCAUCUUGCUCACAGAACAGAUCAAUUUAUACCUUAAAAUGGAGACCAAACCCAACAAGAAGGAACAGCUUACCCUUGUCAACAAUGUGUUGAAACUUGCCACAAAAUUACUGAAGGAGCUGGACUCUCCUUUCAGACUAUAUGGACUGACCACAAAUCCACUGCUAUACAACAUUACCCGGGUUGUUAUUCUGUCUGCUGUCUCUGGAGUGAUCAGUGAUUUGCUGGGCUUCAAUCUUAGGCUGUGGAAGAUCAAGUGACCUGCAGGAGUUGAAGCUGAGAAGAUAACUAAACUGUCCAAGAUGGUGAAGAAUGUUCCAUCUACUCAACUAACCUGAUUUGGUAAUAUGAACAGCCCCCUCAAGUUACCAGAACACAGAAGGGAGAACGUUUGUCAUUUUUCUCCCUACUAGAUUUUUGCUUUCACCAGCAAAUGUGGAAGAUCCAGGGACAAAAGCAAAUUAAGUUCUUUACCAGUAUGGUUGUACAAGUAAAUGUAGCCUAUUUUAACCAUUUGUACUUUCAUACUGGGACAAGUGAAUAGACGUGGAGGAAGAAAUCCCAGCAGACACUGAAAGACCUGUGGGAUUUCUUCCUCCACAUCCAUCCCUCUUUAAACAUGCCCUGGCUGAAUUUCAAAUGUCCCAUCGUGGUAUAAUGUUCAGUUGUGUGUGGUAUAAUGCUUGAUUUAAGAUCCUGCAGAGCAGGUAAAACUAUAGCCCAAGGCUGGUACUAUAAUUAUUGUAUCCAUGGACAGAAGGUGCUGCUAAAAUCAUGUUAUUUAAGUAUUGGCCUAGUGGCCAAUUGUAAGUCACAGGUUGGUUCUGUAAUGUUAAAAGGUGAAAUUGGCCAGUUCUAAUUAUUGCCAGCUUAGCUUUCAAAAUAAAGCAAAGCUUCUACUCUAGCUACC